CCUCCGGGCGGCAGAAAAGCGCCUCGUCACCCAAAAAUAAAAGUAGCGCUUUGAGUCUGUUUAUUUAGCCGGAGUUGUGGAGCUACGCUAAGCUAAGCUAAGGAUGGAAGAUGAGGAUGUGUCCGAUAACUGGGAGGACGCUGCGGACAGCGGGGAGAUUGAGAGACGGCUGGAGGCCAAACUGAAGAUCAAUCAGAAAUCAAAUAGCCAAAGUUUGCCUGUUAAGACAGCGGUGGUGAUUCAGGACGACUCUCUGCCUGCGGCCCCCCCUCCGCAGAUUCGGAUCCUGAAGCGGCCCCCCAGUAACGGCUCUCUGGGGCCACAGGUGGCGUCGCGGCCAGCGCAGCAGGUGAAGUCUUUGGCUCAGAGAGAGGCAGAGUAUGCCGAGGCGAGGAGGAGGAUUCUGGGGAGCGCAGAGGAGCCAUCUCAGGAAAGACCAGACACGGAAAGGUCUGCCCCUGCUGGAGCUCCAUCGUUGUCGGAAUGCCUGCGCCCAAACAAUCACAUCAUCCGCCAACCGCUGGGUCCAGACGGCACCACAGGCUUCCGCCUCAGCAGAUAGAGAGAUAAAGAGAGAGAGAGAGAGAGAGAGAGAGAGAGAGAGAGAGGGUGAGAGACAUAAACAUAGAGAGAUGGAGAUGCUACCCUGUGCAAUAGUAAGUUCUAAACGGUUUGGAGGCAGAAUUAAAGCAGGUUUAGAGAAGUUGCCUUGAGGAGGUUUGCGAGAGGCCGGCUCUGGUCCAGACCUUCACUCCUCCUGCUUUCUUCUGCGCUGAAGAUGUGCAGAGGGCUCCUCAGCAUGCGACAAGGUGCAGUCAAAGCAUCACUCUGGCCUGGCCACAGAUUCUCUCUCCAUGUCAGGACUCUACACACUGUGCACCUUUCGAAAACACUCCCCUCGGUCACUUUUCGGAGUUACAGACACUCCAGUGUUGGGGAAUCGGAGUGGAAGCCCCAGUCAGGAACUGCUGAGAGAGCUUACAAUCUGGGUGAAACAUGAGUGAUGAUGGUCUAGACUGUGGUUUCUACUGUAGUCACGGCUUUAGGCUUUUAGAAAUGUAGUUUAUACCAGCACCUCUGUGGUAUGGAGUGUUCUCCUACUUCAUCACACCUGUAUGAACACACCUUAUCAGCUAAUUGACCUAUUCAGGCUCCGCCCACACAGGCUUUUUCUUAGCUGCUGUUUACAGAAUCCCAUUCAGCCAAAUGAAUUUAGGUUGGGCUUAAGAUUCAUUACAAAAGGUUGAGUUUACAGUUUUGAAAUGCUACAAUAAAGGGCUGCACUGUGCUGCAGCAAAUCCAAACGAAGCAGCCUGGGAACGACUCUAACCGGCUCUAAAUGUAGGUAUUGUGAUAUAAACCGAGUCCGUUCUACAGUUUCUCAUUAGGCUGAAUGGGAUCUUUUUUUUUACCAGCGUUCUGUAAAGGUUGUAAAGUUCAGCAGUGAACUUUUCUUAUGAAAGUGGGCGGAGCAUAAAUAGGUCAAUUAUAUGCCAUUUUUGAACUCGGGCAAGUUUGUUGGAACACCUGCAAUUUGGGUUCUGUUACAGCACACACUUAAAGAUGAUUCUUCAAGGGUUCUGUCUUUUAAGCAUGGGGGAAAUAGUUCCUCAGAUCGAUGGAGGAGGUGUGUGUGUGUGUGUGUGUGUGUGUGUGUGUGUGUGGCAUCAGAAAGUUCUGCUGUAGAUACGAUUUUAAAGUUGUAACAGUAGAAGAACCGUUUUUGGUGCUAUAUAGAACCUCCAUCAAUCUGAAGAACCUGUUCUGUAUAGAGCUCAUGGUUCUAAACAGCGCUGUUGCCUUUACCGAAGUCCUCCUGAGGAGCCGUCUUUAAGUGUGCAUUAGAAUAAUGACCGUGUGUACAUGACCACGCCCAGACAUGGCAAACAGCAUGUGUGUUUACAGUGGCACUCUGUUAGUAGAGCUGGUCCUGGGUCGGUGGGGUUUGAUG